CAUUCCACCGUCUCUCUUCCCCCGCCCCUCUCCCUCCCUCUCUCUCUCUCUCUUCGUCGCUGUCGCUCCGCAUUUCUUCCUUUCCCGAAUGCCCGAAACUCGUCAAUCUUCUCUCUCUCUCUCUCGAACACACCUCUCUGUCUCUUAAUACAUAUACCCAGUUCUCUCCCGUGAAAUUUGUUUUCUUGGAUUCGCCAGUUCCUUCCUCUAUAUUCGGAUUGCUUUACAGUUCUUUUCUUAUCGUCCAUUCCUAGUCCAACUAAUGUGUAACCAAACUAUGGUUUUCGAUUCAACCAUUAAGUUCAAAUUUAGGGUUUCGGGUGUCCCGAUGGUACAGAUUCUAGGGUUAUUCUAUUAGAUUGGUUCAUUGCCUGAUGUUUUACCAUGUGCUGUGCAUAGACGAAGUUGGGUAAUUUUUUUUUAUUAAUAGACCAGAGAUUUAAGGGCUUUUUUUUUGUUGUUGUUGAGACUAUUUUUUGACUGUAUAGUUGGUAUUGAAUGGUGGAUUUUGAUGGAUCUGAGAGUUGUCUGGACAUUUUAGCUUUUGGACAGCCGAUAAAGGAGUUUGGGUGUUUUGUGGGGUUUUGGAUGGUGAAGCUUGGGCUGAACUUUGUUAAAAAGGAAAGAGGUUGAAGUGUUUUUUCAUAAAUAAGGUAAUUUAUUUUGGCGAUCAAAAGUAUAAGGCCAUGGAUCAGGUGAUUGGGGGCAAGUUCAAGCUUGGGCGGAAGAUUGGAAGCGGAUCUUUUGGCGAGCUUUUUUUGGGUGUAAACGUGCAAACUGGAGAGGAAGUUGCUGUGAAAAUGGAACCAGCAAAGACAAAGCACGCUCAGCUUCACUAUGAAUCAAAACUGUACAUGCUUCUUCAAGGAGGAACUGGUGUUCCCCACCUCAAAUGGUUUGGAGUUGAAGGCGAAUACAAUGCAAUGGUUAUUGACCUCCUUGGACCAAGCCUAGAAGACUUGUUCAACUAUUGCAAUAGGAAGUUCACGCUAAAAACAGUUUUAAUGCUGGCAGAUCAAUUAAUAAACAGAGUUGAAUAUUUGCACUCAAGAGGUUUUUUGCACCGUGAUAUAAAGCCUGACAAUUUUCUAAUGGGUCUAGGGCGCAAAGCAAAUCAGGUUUACAUAAUUGAUUACGGCCUUGCAAAAAAGUAUAGAGAUCUUCAAACACACAAGCAUAUACCAUACAGGGAAAACAAAAAUCUGACGGGCACAGCACGCUAUGCAAGUGUUAACACUCACCUUGGAUGUGAGCAAAGCAGAAGGGAUGAUCUUGAAUCACUUGGUUUUGUGCUUAUGUACUUUCUACGGGGAAGCCUUCCUUGGCAGGGUCUGAAGGCUGGCACAAAAAAGCAGAAAUAUGACAAAAUUAGUGAAAAGAAGAUGCUUACUUCCGCAGAGGUGCUUUGUAAAUCUUAUCCAUCCGAAUUCAUAUCAUACUUCCAUUAUUGCCGAUCAUUGCGAUUUGAGGACAAACCAGAUUAUUCAUACCUUAAGAGGCUUUUCCGUGACCUGUUUAUUCGAGAAGGUUAUCAGUUUGACUAUGUAUUUGACUGGACCGUUUUGAAGUAUCCACAGGUUAGUUCUAGUUCUAGAGCACAGCGGCCAGUUGGAAAAUUACCAUUGAACCCAGGACCGUCUGCAGACAGAGCAGAAAGGGCUCCGGUGAGGCAAGAGAUUCGAGAUAGAUUCUCUGGGGCAAUUGAGGCAUUUGCUAGAAGGAAUGGUUCUGGUACUGGAUUGCAUGGUGAAAACUCCAGGAACAAAGAUCAGUCCAGGCGUAGAUCUUCUGAUGAUAUACCAUUAUCAAAGGACGUGCAAGCAGACUCGGAAAGAGUCCGGUCUUCCCGGAAUGGCAAUAUCUCAAAAAGGGUUGUCAUGCCAAGCAGCCGACCAAGUUCAUCUGGUGAAGUUGGUGAGAGUCGAGUAACUCGGUCGGGCACAGGCAACGGUCGUUUGUCUACUACCCAAAGGCUCCAACCGGGGUUGGAGUCCAAGUCAUCUUUUAGCCGUGCUGAAGCCACAAGGGGCAGCCGUGAUGAUCCUCUCCGGAGCUUUGAGCUGCUAACUAUUGGCUCCGGAAAGAGGAAAUGAAACGGAGCUCUGUGAUUCACAAGUGCUUUGUUUUUGUCAAGGGCUCAAAGAUCUCAACUCUAUCACUAAGUAUGUGCGAAUAUUGAAUAAAAGUUCCAACUCACAGCUUAAGCUCAAAUUUGAGUUUACACCCAGAAACAUCUUUCACCAAAAUCUUCUAGGCUCAUCGUAGGACAGGAGGUGAAAGUUUAAUGCGAGAGAAGUUGAGGCAGAGAUGUUAAUAUCUUUGAGAUGGUUGUAAUAAGGUACUUAAUGUUUGGUGACCAGUAUGCCCUUGGCUACUUGCCUUGUGCUCUCUAUUAUAGCCUUUUACUAAGAGGAUAGAGAAACUUCAGAAUGUGGCCUUUGGAUGGCAUGGCCUGUGUCCUCGAAUAAUUGAAUAUAUGUAGCCAUCACUACGCUUUCUGCA